GGAACGGUCGCAUUUUUGAGCUUCGGUUGUUUUGCAGAGUGAAGUAUUGCAGUGAAUUUCUUUCGUGAAGUGCAUUCGAGGUAAUGUCGAGAGACAAAAGUGCACAGAUUGACGAUUCGCGAUGCUGGACCUUAACAAGCGGAUGAAGUCACGCGCAUGUAAAUGGGACAUGUUCGAUGUUGCUGAUGGAAAAAUUCGUUGUUGAAACAGGGGUAAAACCGAAGACGAAGCUGCGAUGUUAGUAAAGUAACAGGCAAAUUAAAAAGAAACCUGUAUAUAAGGGAAGAACUACACAAGGCUGCAUCAUCAAGUGAAAACCGUUUCCAAAAUACACGCAUAUGCACCGAAUCCGAAGAUGAAUUAUUCCCACAGCAUCGCUGUAACUGUGAUUACUAAUCGAAUAUCUUAAUUAAGUACCAGUGCAUAUUUUCGUAAAAUUGUGUUCAUUAUAGUUCAGACAAAAUAACAAACAUCAACCGUUUAGUUCGACCAGCAAGCAUCAUUGUAUGCUUGAAAGUAAUGCGUGUGGAAAAAUGUACACAAUGAGGGUUGUGUUAACACUUGUAGUGCUAUCGAUUGGGGCCUAUUCGAGCGAUGGUUUACCACCAUCUACGUUCGGAGAGGCUCUAGCGAGUGCCGGCCAGCUGUCCAAUAAACUGAAGGAAACGACCGCGUGGAAAACAUUCGCCGGUAUAGCACGCGAAUCCGACUCACUCAAUUCGUUGGUGCGGUUUAUUCCCCAAACCACGAUGGGAUUCGUGCGAGAGGUUGUCAAUUCAUUCCGACAAAAAGAAGCGCACGCCAUCGUACUCACCCGGAGCGGUGCUCUCGAGGGUCGCGUGCAGAGAGUGAAAGGAGGCGGUCGCGGUGAUAUUUUCGCGUUUAAAGGGAUCCGUUACGCCCGACCUCCGAUCGGUGACUUACGUUUCAAAGCUCCCCUGCCAGAGCUGCCCUGGAAGGGAAUUCGUAGUGCACUAAGAGAGGGUUCCGUAUGUCCCCACAGGAGUAUGAUAUUGGACAACUUCAAAGGAAGCGAAGACUGCCUUUUUAUUAACGUUUAUUCACCAGACUUGCCGUUUGGGAAUUAUAAUCCUAGUUUUCCCGUAAUGGUUUGGAUCCACGGUGGUGCAUUCUCGUUUGGGUCCGGAAAUUCGUUUCUUUAUGGUCCUGAUUAUCUUGUACCAGAAGGCGUUGUACUUGUCACCUUCAAUUAUCGGUUGGGUCCACUCGGUUUCCUGAGCGUCGGAAGAGACGCUCCAGGUAACGCAGGCAUAAAAGACCAAGUGCUUGCCCUCAAAUGGGUACAGGAAAAUAUAGCCACCUUCGGUGGUGAUCCAAAUGAUGUUACAAUUUUUGGACAAUCUGCAGGAUCGGUUUCGGUGCAAUUGUUAAUGAUAUCGCCACUAGCUAAAGGCUUGUUCCAUAAGGCAAUAGCGCAAAGUGGUUCAGUACUGAAUCCUUGGGCAAUGGUGAAAAAUACAAGAGAGCGAGCGUUCAACUUGGGACAGCAUUUAGGAUUCUACUCCAACGACACCGAAGAACUGAUUAGUCAUUUACGAAAAACAAGUCCACAAAGGAUCAUCGAUGCAGCAUCGAAAACAGUCACUCUAGAUGACGUAAAGAGGAGCAUAGGACUACCAUUUGUUCCAUCCAUAGAGAAUUGGUCAGGAGAAGAUGCUUCUACCGAGGCUCCUCUGAUAGCGGAAGAUCCAAUAAAGAUUAUGAGAAGAGGUGAUUACAAUCACGUGCCACUUAUCACAGGAUUCAAUUCCCACGAAGCGAUGCUGUUCUUGCGAAGAGUUCGGAAGGAUCCAAAGUUAUUACAAAGCAUCGAUGAAGAUUUCCAACGAAUGAUACCUUUUGAUUUGAACGUUGAACGCGAUACCGAUGAAGGUGCAUCUGUUACGCGACGCAUUCGCAGUUUUUACUUAGGUGACCAACACAUUAUGAAUUCAACAAUUCAAAAUAUGAUGGAUCUAAUGUCAGAUGUGAUGUUUCUCCACGGAAUCAGUGAUUUUGCUCGGUUACACGCCGCCCACAGCGGUCCGGACUCCACGUGGCUAUACCGAUUCGCGUACGAUGGCUCGCUUGGAAUUUACAAACGAAUAUUGGGCAUCAACUGGCCCGGCGCGUGUCACGGUGACGAACUUGGCUAUCUGUUUAGGUUUGGGGUGCUUAACAUUCGACUGGAUAAUUCAUCUGUUGAGUUGCACACUCUGAAGAAAAUGACUAAAAUGUGGACCAACUUCGCCAAAUAUAGUCAUCCGACCCCCCUUGGUGCAGAUGAUUCGGAUAUAAGAAUGCACUGGCCUUGUGUAAUUCCGCGAUCGAUGACGAAAUUGCUGUAUCUAGACAUCACCUCGAGCCUAGCGUCACGAAGCAAUCCGGAGGAAGAACGCCUUCGAUUUUGGGAUGAACUAUACGAGAAGUACAACGGUAAAAUAUUCCAAGAGCCGACCUAAAAUCGAACGUAUUGUAACAUCAGUUUCCAAUAAGCUUUAUUAUUUAAGAACUGUUUGAUAUAGAAAUGUUUCUAUUUAGUAAAGUAAGUUAGGUUGUAGAAAUUUCCGAACAUUUUAGAUUAUCUCUAUGUUAUAUGAUGACUAGUGUGCAUCAUAACACUGCAUCCAGAUUAUAGUUCUCUGAUUUUAAAACAGAGUAACAGAGUAGACAAUUCCCGGUUCAACUAAUUCCGUUCGAGGUCCAUGUUGUUAUUUUUAGGAAUACUAGACAAAUUUUUAACAGAUGAACUGAAUGUUGGAAUGUUUUCAAUUAAAAUUUAUGAUAAAA